GCACCAAGCUAUAAGUACGACCCCUUCUACCUCUAAUUCAUGCAUAGCAAUUCCCAAUUCCUAAUUGUUUAAACCUAAUUCUCAUUUCUUCAUCGUUCGAUUCUUCUCCUCCUAAAGAUGCAGAUCUUCGUGAAAACUUUGACCGGUAAGACCAUCACCCUUGAGGUGGAGUCCUCCGACACCAUCGAUAACGUGAAAGCUAAGAUUCAAGACAAGGAAGGGAUCCCACCUGACCAGCAGAGACUUAUCUUUGCGGGUAAACAGCUUGAGGAUGGUCGAACCCUUGCCGACUACAACAUCCAAAAGGAAUCCACUCUCCACCUCGUGCUUCGCCUCAGGGGUGGCAUGCAAAUCUUUGUCAAGACUUUGACUGGCAAGACCAUCACCCUCGAGGUCGAAUCCUCGGACACCAUUGAUAAUGUCAAGGCCAAGAUCCAGGACAAGGAGGGUAUCCCUCCAGAUCAGCAGAGGUUGAUAUUUGCUGGUAAACAACUUGAGGAUGGAAGAACCCUUGCUGAUUACAAUAUUCAGAAGGAGUCUACCUUACACUUGGUUCUUCGUUUAAGAGGUGGCAUGCAGAUUUUCGUCAAGACUUUGACGGGAAAGACCAUCACCUUGGAGGUGGAGAGUUCAGAUACCAUAGACAAUGUGAAAGCCAAGAUUCAAGAUAAGGAGGGUAUCCCCCCAGACCAGCAGAGGCUUAUCUUUGCUGGUAAACAGCUUGAAGAUGGACGAACCCUUGCAGAUUAUAACAUCCAGAAGGAAUCUACCCUGCACUUGGUUUUGAGGCUUCGUGGUGGCAUGCAAAUCUUUGUUAAGACUUUGACCGGAAAAACAAUAACUUUAGAAGUUGAAAGUUCUGAUACCAUCGAUAACGUGAAGGCAAAGAUACAGGACAAAGAGGGGAUUCCACCAGACCAGCAGAGGCUUAUCUUUGCUGGGAAGCAGCUGGAAGAUGGUCGUACUCUUGCUGAUUAUAAUAUCCAGAAGGAGUCCACUCUGCAUUUGGUGUUGAGGCUUCGUGGAGGUAUGCAGAUAUUUGUGAAGACUCUGACAGGGAAGACCAUUACCUUGGAGGUGGAAAGCUCUGAUACUAUUGACAAUGUGAAAGCUAAGAUUCAGGACAAGGAAGGUAUCCCUCCAGAUCAGCAGAGGCUCAUUUUUGCUGGGAAGCAAUUGGAAGAUGGUCGUACCUUGGCAGAUUACAAUAUUCAGAAGGAAUCCACUUUGCAUCUUGUCCUUCGCCUUCGUGGUGGUUGCUAAGGGGAAUCCCUUUUAUGAAGUGUUCUCAUAUGUCUUAUCUGUUUGUUCAGUGUCUCCCUUGAACUUGUGCUUUGCAUCUCUGGUUUAAGUGCUGCUGUUUAUUAUGUUUUAAAAUGAUGUAUUGAACUCGUUUCAGCGAAAGUAUGUUGUUUAUGUUUUUAUUUUAAAUAUCAAUAUCGUUUCACAGUUA